CGCACAGAUGGAGCCCUCACCAGAUGUGCCUCUGGAAGAGAUAACAUGGCAUUCUCCGCAGCAUGUUCAGAUGAUGGGUGGUUUUCUCCACUCCAACAACAUUCUCUUCUACUUUGCCGAAUCCCCCUUUUUUGAUCCUACGUCGAACAAUGCGUCCCUCGCCCUCCAGGCCAUGCAUAAUGAGAAUCUCAGACCUUUCAUUGAGACGCGCGGAGCAUUCGAAGGGAGGCUGAAGACCAUGCAAGGCCUGGAGUUUAUAGUCGCGCAUGAUCCGUUACUAGAGGCGGCUGCUGCCAAUGCGGCUGCCGUGGCGCGCGGAGAGCAGCCCAAGGAGGCGUCAAAUGUAUGGGUGAUUAGAAAGCAGAUGAGGAGGCGGUCGGCGGCAAUGGGCGGGCAGGAUGAUGUACAGGUUUUGGCGACGUAUUUUGUUGUUGGGGAUUCUGUGUUUAUGGCACCCUCAGUCUGGAGCGUAGUGGGGAGGAGGAUGCUCUCGACAGUUACGUCGCUGACAAAAGUCCUUUCCACGGCAUCAGCUUUACUUACAUUCUCCCCCUCCUAUGGACAUAGCUAUCUCCCACACGUACCAAAGUCCCUUGAGCCCACACAACUUGGCCAACAAUCCGCACAGCAAAGCAAAGAAACAACGCCUAUGCCUGAUAUGUCUGGGGAUAAAACCACGUCAAGAUCUGCGCUUGCAGAUGCAUCAACAACCACAUUAAAUGCCUCUUCUUUACAAGACGCCCGGGAUUUUGCGGAGACCCUCAACCUCCUUGCUCGUUAUGGCAAUGAGUAUAUAGACGAAACACCGCUGGCCGGCGAACCAGGGUCGUUUAUAUUUACCAAAGCCUCAGCGUCUGUCGCGGAGCAAUUGUCCGUCGCCGGUGCCGGUGCUCAAGCAUCACGGCAGAAUAUCCGGUCAGGAGCAACAACACCAGUGCCGUUUGGGGCAGGAAGACCGGCGAGUGUACAGCCAGACUCUACGAAGGGGAAAGCGGCGGAUAGGCCUCCUGCGGCGACCAAGGACAAGGGAAAGAAGAGGAAAUCCAAAAUUGGAUCGAUGAGCCAAUGA